AUCCGACAGAUCUCGCAGUUUAUUGCUUUCCCGUUGCCUUUCUUCCUUCCUUCCUUCCUUCCUCCAUUGCUCGGUCUCUCUGCUCGAAGUUCGACAGGCGUAGGUUCCCUCUGAGAUCUGCUGCUUUCUGUAUUGUCGUCUCGUCAAUUGAACCGAUCGUUGCAGCCAAUCGAAUCGCUUGAAAAUGGGAGUGGCACAAAACAACAUUGACAUGGAAGAGGGAACGCUCGAGGUCGGCAUGGAAUACAGAACAGUCUCAGGAGUUGCCGGUCCUCUGGUUAUCCUAGAUAAAGUCAAGGGCCCUAAGUACCAAGAGAUUGUUAAUAUUCGACUUGGAAAUGGAACCAUGCGACGUGGUCAAGUCUUAGAAGUUGAUGGGGAGAAGGCUGUUGUUCAGGUCUUUGAAGGAACGUCUGGCAUUGACAACAAGUUCACCACGGUGCAAUUUACAGGAGAGGUCCUGAAAACACCCGUCUCAUUGGAUAUGCUUGGGCGUAUUUUUAAUGGUUCUGGAAAGCCCAUUGACAAUGGACCUCCUAUCCUUCCCGAGGCUUAUUUGGACAUAUCUGGUAGUUCUAUCAACCCCAGCGAGAGAACCUACCCUGAGGAAAUGAUCCAGACAGGAAUAUCUACAAUUGACGUUAUGAAUUCUAUUGCUAGAGGGCAAAAAAUUCCACUAUUUUCAGCUGCUGGUCUUCCACACAAUGAAAUAGCUGCUCAGAUUUGCCGUCAGGCUGGUUUGGUGAAGCGAUUGGAGAAGACUGCCAACCUCAUGGAGGAUGAGGAAGAAGACAACUUUGCUAUCGUGUUUGCAGCUAUGGGAGUAAACAUGGAGACAGCACAGUUUUUCAAACGUGAUUUUGAGGAAAAUGGAUCAAUGGAGAGAGUGAUUUUAUUUCUCAAUCUGGCCAAUGAUCCCACAAUAGAACGUAUUAUUACUCCUAGGAUUGCUCUGACCACUGCUGAAUAUCUUGCAUAUGAAUGUGGGAAGCAUGUCCUUGUCAUUCUCACAGAUAUGAGCUCCUAUGCUGAUGCUCUUCGUGAGGUUUCUGCAGCAAGAGAGGAAGUCCCAGGAAGACGUGGUUAUCCUGGGUAUAUGUAUACCGAUCUGGCUACUAUCUAUGAGCGAGCUGGAAGGAUUGAAGGACGAAAAGGAUCCAUCACUCAAAUUCCUAUCUUAACUAUGCCAAAUGAUGAUAUCACACAUCCUACUCCAGAUCUUACGGGUUACAUUACCGAAGGGCAGAUAUAUAUUGAUAGACAACUAUACAAUAGACAGAUCUACCCACCAAUCAAUGUGCUUCCUUCCCUCUCUCGGUUGAUGAAGAGUGCUAUUGGAGAAGGGAUGACUCGCAGGGAUCAUUCUGAUGUGUCUAAUCAGCUGUAUGCAAAUUAUGCUAUUGGAAAGGAUGUCCAAGCCAUGAAAGCAGUCGUGGGAGAAGAAGCACUUUCUUCUGAGGACCUGUUAUAUUUGGAGUUCUUGGACAAAUUCGAGAGGAAGUUCGUUAGUCAAGGAGCUUAUGAUACUCGAACCAUCUUCAAUUCCCUCGAUCUCGCGUGGACACUUCUGCGCAUAUUCCCCCGCGAACUUCUCCACCGUAUACCGGCAAAGACUCUUGAUGCAUUCUACAGCAGAGAAGCUGCUCACUGAGGCGAAAAGCAGCUCAGAGAUCAUCAUGUUUUGCUGCUCAAUUGAAUCCCAUGAGCUCAAUUAUUUGUUCAUUCAUCUGCCUUUCUAUCCCUUCUUCUGAACCUUUCCUACAUAGAAUAAAAGCUUGCCAAUUGAAGUUUAGCUCGUCAAAGCCCUUCGACCGGUCAGUCAGAUCUGUAUUCUUCUCUCCGUGCAACAACUGUCUAGUUAUGGUGGUUUUGUGAUCCGGCUAUUGCUUUCGGUGUUUGAAUUUGAGAGGUUGUAGGGUGAUUCCAGGGCUUUGUGGAUUAUUUUUGAGGUGCUUCCUAUGCCAUUUGGCAGUAAUUUAAUCAUGCUAUAUUGAUCUUGGUAGUCUGGACCUUUGUAUGAUCAAUUCAAUUAUGGAUUUCUCCGAAUAAGUCUCUUGUUUGCCUUUGAAACGUGGAUCUCAGAUAGCUCUGGUCCUA